UAAAGAACUGUAUGAUUGUGAGCUUUAAUGCCUCUUAAUAAUAUUAAAUAAGGAUUGAUUACGGCUAGAUCAAGGAAUAUUUAUGCAAUAGUAUAUUAACAUUCACUUUGUAUAUUCAUAUUUGACUGAAUUAUGAAUUUGAAGCAAUUUAAAAAUAAUUUUAAAUCAGGCCUUCUUCACAAACGAGUAACGACAGCAGUCGACGGGACUACUGAAACUACAAAGUGUAACAAAGUAGCAAAUUGAAAUUUCAAGUGUUCAAAUAAGAGCUGAAUGUGGAACAUUGCCCAGGGGCGUAGACUUAAGUUCUAUUAUCUCGUCUAGCGGGUGACACAGGGGCGUAUGCAUCUUGUGAAUCGCGGAUUUUUUCCCCUCUCUCGUCUCUUGACCGUUGAAUAAGAUCCUGGAACUUUAGGGAUGGUCAUACCUGUAAUAUUGGCAGUUGUCCCGUUUACCUUGGAGUUUUACCUGAAGGCCCAAUCGAUGGUGUACUGUAGCCGGUGGGAUGGCGGCCUCACUGAUAUUGAGCCAAAAUAAAGGCACAUCAUCGCAUUCUCUCUCACGGCAGGUGCCCAAUUCACCAAGCGCCAGCAGCCCCAAGUUACUCAAUGGUGACCACACCAAGACACCCGUCACCUGCUCGGCCGGCAGCAGCCCCGACUGCCCGGUAUCCCGCUUUGACUGGCGCAGACGGGAAAGGAACGGAGUGACCCAUGGCCACAGACCACCGGGCUCGCCCCACAGUUCACCAGCCGCCGUACGCAGUAGCAUGGCAUCCAAAGUCUUCACCAUAGACGUGAGUCAGAGAUCGUGGAUAGAGAAAACUUUCCAAAGGCGUGAAUGUAUCAAAUUUAUUCCAAGUCUUCGUGAUCCCUAUAGAUGUGCUUGCGGCCGAAAUGAAAACUGGCAUUUACAAAAUGGAGCCCGUAGGGCUGAUCCACAUCAUGGCAAUGAAGAGAAGUGGCAUCCUUUCAGACACACAGAACAACACACAACUGAUGCUUUUGGAACUAUUGAAUUUCAAGGUGGACCCCACCCAAGCAAGGCUCAAUACAUUCGGCUAAGUAGCCUGGAUACAAGACAAGAGAAUGUCCUGGCUUUACUGUUGAAGCACUGGGGUCUAGAUCUUCCCAAGCUUCUUAUAACAGUACAUGGGGGAAUUUUGAACUUUGACCUCCAACCCAAGCUGAAGAGGGUUUUUAGAAAAGGUUUACUUAAAGCAGCUAGAACAACUGGAGCAUGGAUUGUCACCAAUGGCACAAAUACAGGUGUUACAAAGCAUGUUGGCGAUGCAAUUAGUGAUCGCACAACUAAGGCUCGCAACAAAGUAGUGGCUAUUGGUAUCACACCAUGGGGAAUAGUUGAAAACAAAGAAGCACUGGUUGGGAAAGAUAAAGUCGUCCCUUACCACUGUGUUUCAUCCGCCAAAACAAAUUCCUCAGUUCUCAACAGCAAUCAUUCCUACUUUGUAUUAGUAGACAAUGGCACUGUUGGAAAAUAUGGUGGGGAAAUUCUUUUCCGGAAAAAGUUUGAAAAGUAUAUUGCUCAACAGAAAAUUCGUAUAGGCAAUGACUUCCGUGGUCAUGGUGUGCCAGUGAUCUGUGUAGUUCUAGAAGGUGGCGCCAACACAAUCCGCUCUGUGCUGGAGUAUGUCACAGACACUCCCCCUGUACCUGUGGUUGUAUGUGAUGGGAGUGGCAGGGCUGCUGAUCUAUUAGCUUUCACUCACAAAUACACCAUGGAUGAUGGCACCAUGCCUGAAUCACUUAGAGACCAACUAACCCUGACAAUUCAAAGAACUUUCAUGUACUCACAAGAACAGGCAGAGAAACUUUUUAUUGAGCUGAUGCUGUGUGUCAAGAAAAAAGAAUUGAUAACUGUGUUCAGAAUGGGUGACAGGGAAGAUAGCAAAGAUAUCGAUUUAGCUAUUCUCACUGCCCUUCUCAAAGGCACAACUGCCAGUGCUGUGGACCAGUUGAAUCUAGCUUUGACCUGGGAUAGAGUGGAUAUAGCAAGAAGUCAUAUAUUUGUCUAUGGGCAAGAGUGGCCAGAAGGAGCACUGGAGGUAGCCAUGAUGGAUGCACUGAUCAAUGACCGGGUGGAUUUUGUGAAGCUUUUGUUAGAGAAUGGAGUCAGCAUGCACACUUUCCUCACUAUACCCAGGCUUGAAGACCUUUAUAACGCUCGCCAAUGUCCGUCCAAUUCUCUUCGCUAUUUGAUUGCUGACGUUAAAAAGCAUAUUCCAUUCAACUACCGCUAUACACUGCCUGAUAUAGGCUUGGUGUUACAGCUGCUUAUGAGUGGAGGCUUUAGGUCAUCAUAUUGUCGUAAACAAUUCAGACAAAAAUAUCAAGCCUUGAAACAUAUAGGGACUUCAGUCAGUAACAUAGUGACAAAAGUACCUCACAUCCUCAACACCAAGCAAGCAGAAGAACUGUUCCCAUAUCCAUUCCAUGAUCUCAUGAUCUGGGCUGUCCUCAUGAAGAGACAAAAAAUGGCUCUCUUCAUGUGGCAGCAUGGGGAGGAGGCUCUAGCUAAGGCUUUGAUAGCUGGUAAACUGUAUGCAGCAAUGGCUCAUGAAGCUGAACAAGAUGAUUUAGAAAUAGAAUUGACUGAAGAGUUCCAACACUAUGCAGAUGAAUUUCUAGGCCUGGCCUUGGAGUUGCUGGGCCAUUGCUACAAGAUUGAUGAUGACUACACACAGCAGCUGCUGACCUAUGAGCUGAAGAACUUCAGUGAACAGACAUGUCUGAGCCUUGCUGUGAUGGCAAAUCAUAGAAAGUUCAUUGCACAUACCUGUUGUCAGAUGCUGCUCAACGAUCUGUGGAUAGGAGGUCUCCGCAUGAGAAAAAACUCAACACUCAAGGUGAUUCUGGGUAUAAUCUUCCCGCCCUAUCUUUUUGUGUUGGACUUUAAAUCAAAGGAAGAGCUCCAGCUGAUGCCACAGACAAUGGAAGAACAUCUGGACGAGCUGGAGGAUGCUGCCAGUGUGGCUGAUGUUUCUUUCAGUGAAGAGGACCAGGCUGAGGAUGGGAACUGUAAUGAGGAUCCCACAGAACCCAUUUCUUCCAACAACACACAAAUUCCUGCCAAAGAAAAUGGAACACCUGUAUACACUGAAGACAACAAUAUGACAUUGGACUCCAGCAUGUUUUCACACAACCCCUUCCACAAGAAGAAAAGUCCACUCAGGAUGGGGAAGAAGGUCUAUGAGUUCUACAAUGCUCCCAUUACAAAAUUCUGGUCAAAUGCUCUUGGUUACCUGUUAUUCUUAAGCCUCUACAUCUAUGUCAUUAUUGACCGUCUCAAGACUGUACCUACCUGGGCAGAAGUCUAUGUUAUUGCAUUUAUGUUCACAUUAGCAGCUGAGAAAGUCAGAGAAAUAAUUGCCUCAGAACCUGUCAACAUUAUCAUGAAGCUGAGUGUCUAUAUCUCUAAUGUGUGGAAUGUUCUGGACACUGUUGGCAUAGGUCUCUUUGCGGUUGGCGUUGUCAUGCGUUUUAUUCCUGCCACACUGAAUGAUGCUCAGCUGAUUUACUGUGUGGACAUCAUCUUCUGGAAUAUUAGAAUCCUGGAGAUUUAUUCUGUCCAUAAAUAUUUGGGACCAUUUGUUAAAAUUAUGGGAAAAUUGUUGCGGGAUAUGUGUUACUUUCUUACAAUCUUGUUUAUUCCUGUGACAAGUUAUGGAAUUGUUAGGCAAACUGUUCUCUAUCAAAAUAAAGAAGUGUCAUGGGCUUUACGUCUGCGGAAUAUUUGGUAUUAUCCAUAUUGGAAUAUUUAUGGAGAACUCUUUGCGGAGGAAAUUGAUCCAUGUGACCUUGAGGCUAAUCGCAACCCAGAUGGAUCCUGCAAUGUACAUGCAUCAUGGCUUGCACCUGCAUGUAUGACUAUCUUCAUGCUGGUGGCUAACAUACUGAUGGUUAAUUUACUAAUUGCUAGAUUCAAUGCCACCUUUAUCAUUAACAAUGCCAACUCCAAAGAGAUCUGGAUGUUCCAGCGCUAUGCUCUUAUACUCAAGUAUGAGAUGAGGCCUAUUUUACCACCUCCCUUCAUCCUCAUCACCCACAUUUUCCUGGCCUACAAGUACAUCAAACGCAGAUGCAAAGGGAAGAGGGACUUCUAUGAUAAUGGUUUAAAGCUUUUCUUGUCACAUGAGGAUACAGAAAAACUUCAUGAUUUUGAAGAAGAAUGUAUGGAGGAUUUGUACAGAGAGAAGGACCUGAAACACCAGAACUCUUCUGAAGAGAGAUUGAAAUUUAUAACUGAAAGGAUUGAGAACAUCUCUCUGCGCUUGGAUGAUAUCAACAUGAAGGAGAAUCAUAUACAGAUAACCCUGGCUGCCCUGGACCAUCACAUGGGGCGGCUGGAUGGUCUUGAAGGAGUUUUAUCUGAUUCUGUGAAAAUGGUCAGAAACUUAGGGAGACAACAUAGGCUGCUGAACGAUGAAAUUUUUGAAGAAACUGAAUCUGAUCUUAUAAAUGUCAACAUUCAGACUGGUGAAAAGACCUCAGGAUCUUUCAAGAGAAAAACUCCACUGGAUAAACUUCAAAGAUUGACAAGCCAUGUCAACAGCAGGCUGAUGAGUGAAACAGAGUUUAAUGAGGACGACAUCGACCAGUUUGUGGGGGAGAAUGAUGUCUCCAUUGAUAGAGAGUCUAGCUCAGAAAACACAGGUUCAGCUCAGUUUUACAUUGGAGGCGAAAAGUUGCGAGAAAAUUCUCUGCAUAAAGCAAUUAGCAGCAGCGAAGAGAAAAAUAAUCCAGUUAAAGUUUCAACAGCGCCUGCGGAACUAGUUUUGGAUGAAGGUAAACAAGGAGGUGACAGUAAUCCAUCAAAUACUGAACCUACUAGUGACACGGCACACAUAGGGGAUUCCUCUGAUGAAAAACCUGAAACGGUUGAAGUAAUACAACCAGUGAACGGAGAGCAGAUUGAGUUAAUUCUUCCACCAGAGCCAACCUUCUCAGUAUCCUCUACUGUGUCACCCAACAGUGUUGCUGGCUCUAACCUCAGAUCCAGAAGAAGGAAAAACAGUGGCAAUACUCAACCUUUGACCCUGAACACAACGGCAGCCAUUGUGCCAAGCUCUAUGCCCCAGUCAUCAGCUUGCUUCACCACCUCGUACCCCGAUGUGAUGACCGGGUCAGCUGUUAGAGAUCUCACCUUUAUAUUUACACCUCUGAUAGGUGAGUACACCAGCAUCACAGACAACAUUGACACCUCCUGCCUGAUUGACUGCUCGCCACCCUGUUCACCUGGUGUCACCUCAUCCAGCAUGCUGUCACCUGGGGAGGUUUACCAAGAGGAGAGAUCAGCAGCAGACAGCAAACAGCUGCAGUUAAAGCAAGCAGAAGAGAUGGAGCACCACAGGAUGGGUUCCAUCAUACGCCAUAGACUCAGGCAGAUUUCACAGGAUGAGAGAGGUAGUAUGAGCGACAUAGCUAAAGUUGUUGUGGCAGAAAUGGCUUUAAAAAGCCAGAAACAGGCCUCUGAGGAGGAGUAUGGCUCAGAGGAAGCUUCAGUGGUGACAGAGGAUGAGGCAGCUGAUCUAGUCAAACAGUCAGAUGAUGACAGCUCUAGCAGACAGUCCUUCCAGAUUGAGGAGGUGGAUGCUGCUGGUGGGAGGGAUCCUGCCAGUAGAGACAGCAUACAACUGAAAGUAAUGGCUAAUACAACUCCACAAGAUCCUGUACAAGAUAAAGAUGCAGAAAUCCAGUGUUGAUGAAAGACCAUGCUAGUUCCUGAUGGUUUUGUUAUAGCUCCUUUAUUACUCAACAGUGAUAUUUUUUUAAAGCUAAACUCUACACUGCUAUUUUUUAAUGGAACUUAAUUUCAACCCUGAUAUUUCAUUACAAAAUAAGAGCUGUAUAUAGUUGGUUUUUCUAUUGUGAAUUUACAGCUGACUUCCUUACUUCUGAGCUGUAGCGAAUGAUGAUUUACAAUUAAAAAAAACAUGUAUCACUAUGUUAAAGUACACAUUUUUUUUUCUUUAACAUACAAUAACCACAAACUGUAUUUUGGGUUUACUGGUGUCAUACAUCUGAGUAAAAUAAUUACAUUUUGAAAUUGAAAAAGUAAAAAUAUUUACAAGUAUGUAUGACCAGAAUCUACUAUUGCCAGUGGUAUGUAAACUAUUGCCAAUGAUCAAAUGUGAACCACUACAGUUUGAGUUGUUUUGCCUAUAGAUUUGCUUAUCUUGUCCCAAACCCAAAGCAUUUUUUAUCACAGUUGAUUACAGUAUUGAAAAAUAUCAAAGAACUGGACAAAGAGUCAUUUAGCUUGUUUUAUUGUAGAUGUCUAAAAUAUUAUUACAUGAAUGUCUAAAAUAUUAUUAUACAAAAAAAAUGUUUUCUUGGAUUUUCGAAAUACAUGUGAAAUCACUUAGUCUAUAAAAUCCACAACUGUGUUCCUAAAUGAAUAGACAUUUUUAAAAAAACAUAGAUUCCUGUAUUACUACACUUCAAACCUUCCAUGUAACAACCAGAGAUGCUUAACAACUUAAGCUGUGGUGGAGUGUUAAAUAACACAGUGUAGAAUGUGCAUUAAAAAAUUUUUUUUUUAGUUGAAUGAACUGGGUGUUGCAAAAAAAAUAAUUAAGGACUUAUGUUAGUUUUGUUGAUAAAAAACUAAUCUAAUGUUAACUAGUCCCUUCAUAAACUGUAUCAGCGCUACAUGGGUAUUUUCUUCCUAAUGCAUUUCAUUAGGCUGUGACACAGUUAGACUCAAAUAACUGCAUAGCAUUGUAUAUUUCCUAGAUAAUCCAUCUUUUCUAUAGAUAUUAAUUUAAAGUAUUUAAAAAUUGUUUUGUAUUUCGUAUUUAUUGUGUAUGGUUAUUAAUGCUUGGGGAAUCUAUUGCUUUCAUUUCCAUUGAGUGUUCUCAUAUACAUCUACUUUUCUAUUAUACAAAGAUAUCUCACUAUUUAUAGAAGUGACAUAUAAGUUCUAAAUAUAGCUAUCUUUAAUGAACUUCAAAGAGGAAAAUCAAAAUUUGUUUAAAUUUUUAUCUGGUGCAUAUUUUUGAAAGGUUUUCUAGUAGUUAUAUAUAAAAAUAACUUUGUCCUCUAAGUGCCUUUAUAAUUUGUGCAGAACUAUUGUAUAGAAGUACUGAAAAUAUUUUAUAUAUAUAAAUAUAUAGACUUAUUUCAAAUAAAUCUGCUUCUAUUUUGUAGGAACUUUAUCACUCAAAUCAAACAACACAGAACCAUCUAUAAAUAAGUCUGAUUUGCCAGUUUUAACCAUCUAAUUAUGAAUGGUUUUGCUCAGUCUAAAAGAUCUCAAGUUUUUUAAAUUGGAGUUUCAUGUCACCUUAGAUCACGGCAUCAUUUUGAUGGGGAGGUUAAUUAGUGCAAUAAAUGUUGAAAUCCUUUUGUUGCUUUGUGUGAUCACUGGUGUUUUUUUUUAUUCCAGUGUUUCAUCUCAGGUCUUAGAAUACUUGAGUUUUGUUCAUAUGCUAAAUUUGUGCUGUUGCUGGCUAGCAGUUUUCUAUGUAUGUUAAAUUUGUGAUGUUGCUGACUAGCAGUUUUCUAUGUAUGUUAAAUUUGUGCUGUUGCUGGCUAGCAGUUUUCUAUGUAUGUUGAAUUUGUGAUGUUGCUGGCUAGCAGUUUUCUAUGUAUGUUAAAUUUGUGAUGUUGCUGGCUAGCAGUUUUCUAUGUAUGUUAAAUUUGUGAUGUUGCUGGCUAGCAGUUUUCUAUGUAUGUUAAAUUUGUGCUGUUGCUGACUAGCAGUUUUCUAUGUAUGUUAAAUUUGUGAUGUUGCUGGCUAGCAGUUUUCUAUGUAAACUUGUUGAUGGCCAGCAGUUUUAAAAUCACAUGAUCAUCAAAACAUCAGCUAAUGAUAUUAAUCAGUGAACACUUUUUUUAAAAACAAUUUUAAUUGUACAUAUUAUUUUGAAAAGUUCACAUUUUAAAACAAUUUUGAAUACUUUAUAUUAUUUUGUUAACAACUCACAUUUGUUAGACAGUUGUUCAGCUAAAUAAUGCUUAUACUAAUAGACUGCUCAUACUUUAUAAAAUUGUAUUUAAACAUUGAUUCUUUUAAAAACAUGACUUUCUUUUUAAUUAUAAAUACUUAAUGCAUUGAGUAUUUACUGUAACCACAAAUGAAAUGUCGUAGAUAAUGGAAUAAUCAAAUUGUCUUGUUGAGUAUGUUUUUACUUGUAUUUAAAGUAUUAAGAUGUGUAGAUAGAAUUCUUAAAAUUGAUGUUUUCACUACUGUUAUAAAAUAUAUGAAUUCCAGACCAUAUUUUCAGCACAUUAAAGUAAAUUAAAAAUUACAAUUUUGAAAGAUUUUAAAUUUAAUAGAUGUUCAUUUAAGAAUGUUGUAUACAAACUACAUAUCAAUAAUCUUUUAAUUUGAAUAGUUAAAACCAGUAACCUCCCUUUAUAUUUAUCUUUGAAAAAUAAAGCUCAACAUUUUCAUGCAUUAGAUAUUUUUUAAAGCAUUUAGUGUGUAUGUGAACAAUAAAACUAUUGUUUUGCUUUAAUACUCAGAAUGUGAUGAUUAAUAAUAGAAUAAUCAUAUUUUUCAUAAUCUCCAGUUUUGUAAUGAUAAUGUAAUCCAUUUAUAAGGUCCACAUGUUGAGGAAGGAAAGGGGGUGGGGGUAUUUUGAUUUUUGUGUGUGGAUGUUAUAAAUGUUUAACCCAACAUUUCAUUAAUUAUCACUAUCAUUUUUUUUUUUUAAAUUUUAAGUUUUUGAUUUGCUACAUUUUAUUUUAAGUGUGCUAUUUUUUUGGCACAUGUCACCAACUGAUUUCUGUUCAUUGGUCUGGCCAAAAGUCCAGUUGUCUGAGCUAAUGUCCAGUAACCUAUGUUACAUGAUCUGACAGUUCAGUGGUCUAACCUAAAGUUGAGUGAUUGGACCUAAAGUUAAUUGGUUUGACCUAAAGUUGAGUGAUUGGACCUAAAGUUGAGUGUAUGAGCUAAAAUUAUCUGACCUAAAGUUCAGUGACCUAACAAGCUGAUCUAACCUCUCUACCAUUUGAACAAAAUCAGAGUGAACCUAGUCAGAGGUUUAUGCAACAUUGUUCCCAUUCAUCAAGACAUUCACUCUCUCAUUUCUCUUACACACAAUAUAUAUCAAGUCUCUUUCACUGAACUUCUCUGUGUGUGUGUGAUUAGAUUGUGGAAAUAGUUUGAGAUUUUGUGAUGGUGAUUCAUUCCAUGAUGUCUCAACCAUUCCUGCUCUCCCUCCAUAUCUCCACCUUGCUGCACAUUUUUCACGUUGAAGUAGAUCAGAAAAACUUAGUUAUUUCGUAUUUAAUUUAUUAGUUUGUUAUGUACACAUUGCAUACUAUUUCCUCAAUCUUUAAAAAAAAUUAUAAGUUUGAUUUACCAGAUAAUUUUUUUACUUGAUUUUUAUAAGCAGCUAUAUAUAUAUCAUGAACAUAUUUUUUCAUUAAUCAACAGAAAUCCUAAUUCAGCCAAAUAUUUGUUUUUAAAUAUAUUUCUCCUGGAUUGUUUAACCAGGCUUCAAUUUCACAUAAUUUUCACUUUUUCUAAGCAGGAUGUUUAUGAAAUGUAUUUCUUUCAAUACUUUCACUACAGUCUGUGGCCAUACUAUUACUACUUAUAUAAAAAUGUAUUUAUAUUUUUAGUUUGCUAGUGUGAUAGCUAGAAAUAUUAAUUUAAAAAAAAAAUCUUUUCAUCUAUCGCUAUAUUUUCUUUGUAAAUUGUGGGUGCUUCUACUUUUUGUCAUCUAACACCUUCUCUUACACAAUUUCAACAUGAAAUUUUUGUAAGUAGUAUUGUACAAAAAAAAUAGAAGUCAGUAUCUUUUUCACCUUAUAUACUUGUUCUAAAAACAGAAAAUAGAUUUAAAUGUGUUUUGAAAAAGUCAGUGCAUCUUAAACUGAAUUUUUAAAAUUGUUAGAUCAAUGCCAAGCACUUUUUAUCAUUUCAAAA